CGAGAAAACUAUGACCGAGUAGCGGGGAAAAUGGCAGGAAAAUCUAUCACUUUACGCUACCCUCAAUUCCAAAUCAAAUCCAUCCCAGACUCCAAAUUAAGCCGGCCGUUCUUUGUUCAGCCUCAGCCCCUACGUCAAAUCUGCAUAAAACUGACAAAAUUCAACACCCAACGUUGCGUUUUUAUUCAUACUCGAAAAAGUAUAUUUUGUUUUCAUUAUUCGAUUCAAAUAAAAGAGUCUCUGAAAACAUCGCCUCUAUUAAUGAUGAUGAAUUUGAUGACUCAAUUAUGACAUGGGUGGUUAUAAUAUAGUUGGGUCAGAAUGAUCAUUAUCGCUGUUUUUCUUAAAACCCUCCAAAAAUCUCAGCUUUUGAUCACCGUUUCGCUCGCUCAUGGAUCCUGCCACGUCUCGUCCCGCUGUAGUUAUCGAUAAUGGCACGGGGUAUACUAAAAUAGGUUUUGCUGGAAAUGUUGAGCCUUGUUUCAUAGUCCCAACUGUAGUUGCUGCGAACCAGUCAUUUGUCAACCAGCCUCGAGUUAGUUCUACGAAGAGCAGCUAUUUUUCAGCGCAGUAUAAUGCCGGUGUGAUGGCAGAUCUUGAUUUUUAUAUAGGGGAAGAGGCAUUCUCUAGAUCAAAGUCGAAUAACAAUUACAAUUUGAGAUAUCCCAUUAAGCAUGGCCAAGUCGAUGAUUGGGAUGCAAUGGAGAAGUUCUGGCAGCAGUGUAUAUAUAAUUAUCUGCGUUGCGAUCCAGAGGAUCAUUACUUUUUAUUGACAGAGAGCCCAUUGACUGCACCAGAGAGCCGGGAGUAUAUGGGUGAAAUUAUGUUUGAGACAUUUAAUGUUGCAGGACUCUAUAUGGCGGUGCAGCCCGUUUUAGCUCUGGCUGCUGGUUCCACAACGUCCAAGUGUGAGAUGACCGGGGUUGUUGUGGAUGUUGGUGAUGGGGCUGCUCAUGUUGUACCCAUUGCAGAGGGCUAUGUUAUUGGAAGCAGCAUUAAGUCUAUUCCUAUUGCUGGAAAAGAUGUCACUCAUUUUGUCCAGCAGCUCAUGCAAGAAAGAGGGGAGCAUGUUCCACCCGAGGAGUCCUUUGAAGUAGCACGGAAAGUCAAGGAAACAUAUUGCUACACUUGUUCUGAUAUUGUCAAGGAGUUCAAUAAGCAUGACAAAGAGCCAGCAAAAUAUAUUAAGCAAUGGAGAGGUACUAAGCCGAGGACCGGGGCCCCAUAUUCUUGUGAUAUUGGCUAUGAACGGUUUCUUGGACCCGAGGUAUUUUUCAACCCUGAGAUUUACCAGAGUGAUUUUACCACCCCCUUACCAGCCGUGAUAGAUAAAUGUAUCCAGUCCGCUCCAAUAGAUACAAGACGAGCUUUGUAUAAGAAUAUUGUAUUAUCUGGAGGAUCAACCAUGUUCAAAGACUUCCACCGGAGGUUACAACGGGAGCUGAAAAAGAUUGUUGAUGCUCGGAUUCUUGCACAUGAUGCUCAGCUUGGAGAAAUAAAAGCACAACCAGUUGAAGUGAAUGUUGUCAGCCACCCUAUCCAGAGAUAUGCAGUUUGGUGUGGAGGCUCUGUACUUGCAUCAACUCCCGAGUUUUUUACGGCUUGCCAUACAAAGGCAAAGUACGAGGAAUAUGGAGCUAGCAUAUGUCGCACAAACCCUAUUUUCAAAGGAAUGUAUUGAUAUGACUUCCAUUCAAGUUGAUGACUGGGGAGCCAUUUUUCUUGUCGACUUCUGGAAAAUAUUGCAUACGCCUUCAUGUAUUUUUACAGGUUAGAUUGUAGGAGGCUAUGUAGAAUAGGUUUUCGGUCUGAUCUUUGUUCAUGGGAAGAGUUGGCACGUUUUGAUUGAAUCGUUGGCACAGUCGACUAUCGACUCAUCUUGGGGAUUCAGCUUGGCUUAAGUCUUAAAUGAUGAAAAUUUUCCUUUUAAGGAUAGUAAAAUAUCUUCAUUGUGGUAUUAAUGAAGAUAUUUAUUAUUUUGGAUUAAUGAUUAGGGUAUCAAUAUUCUGUUAGAAAGUUGGCUAGUUUUAUACAAACUUCUACUUAAAAGCAACAGUGUGUAUAUUUUAUCUGCACCUCAGUGAUGGAACUACAAUUUUUCAUCGACUGCUAUCAAUCUUGAUGUCUUUUUACAA